GCGAAGGACCGAGUUCUUACCUGCGGCCAUCUCAAACCCCAGUACAAACUGUACUGCACAUCGCCCCGGUUUCAACGCGCCCACCCCUCCGAUACGGGCUCAGGAAGCCAUUAGCUGUCGUCGUCGCCGUCUUCGCGGAUAGAUGGAUGGGGGCAGUGACUGACGACGUGUUUCGCCGCCUGUGAUGAUGAUGAGUCGAUGAUAUAAGAUGGGAGAUACGUGCUGGGAGCUAGUCUUCCCCAUUGUUCCGGAAUCAACUGCUCUCACUCUUUCGCUGCUUCAUUCCCUCCCAUUUACCUUCUUUUCUUCGAACACUUUCUUUCGUGUUUCUCUUUUCCUUUCGAUCGGCAAAGUCACAAUGCAACGCACCCUCUUUCUCUCGUUCGUUCUUGCCGCCGUCCUUAGCGUGUCCGCUGCGCCAGUCCCGCUCCCAGCUCAUCAGGGUAUCUCUGUUUCACCCGUCAUCGCGCGUCAAGAAGACUCGAUCCCGGUGAUCAACAAUGAACACAGCGAGGCGCGUGCCGAUCAUCAAGACGGACAGCAAGGGAAUGGGCAACAGCAAGACAAAUCGAGCUCGCAGCAGCACUCGCAAUCGCAACAGAAGGUUGAUCCUGAGAUUGUUCCUGGGCGGCAGCCACUCACGGAGGAAGCCCGUCCGGGCAAGGCUCAUAAUUUCGGGUUGGCUGGGUAUCUGGUGGACCACAUAAAACAAGCUCAUGUAUGA